AUGACAAAGAUCGCUCUUCUCGGUGCUGCCGGUCAGAUUGGGACCCCUCUGAGUCUCCUCUGCAAAGCUGUAAACAAUAUUGUCCAUACGCCCGGCAUUGCCACCGAUCUCAAUCACAUCGAUACCAAAGCGACUGUUUCUGGCUAUUUACCUUCCAACGAUGGUUUGGCCAAAGCACUCAGCGGAGCCGACAUUGUCGUUGUCACUGCUGGGAUUGCUAGGAAACCAGGAAUGACUCGAGAUGACCUCUUCAAUACCAACGCCUCAAUCAUUAGAGACAUCUUUACCCAGGUUGCAAAGACCUGCCCCGAAGCAAUCUCAUGUAUUGUUACCAACCCGGUAAACUCAACAGUUCCUGUUGCAGCCGAGACUUUGCGUGCAGCAGGUGUCUUUGAUCCUACGCGUCUUUUCGGCGUGACUACUCUAGAUGUCGUGCGCGCGUCGACCUUUGCUGCACACGCCCUUGGCGGCGACGCAGACCCUACCAGUAUCAAAGUCCCUGUUAUCGGUGGCCACAGUGGUGCUACCAUUCUUCCUCUCUACAGCCAGGCCCAACCGCCCAUUGACCUCGGCGCUGAACUCCCCAAUGUUAUAAACCGCGUGCAAUUUGGAGGUGAUGAAAUAGUCAAGAGCAAGCAAGGAGCCGGCAGCGCCACGACUUGCAUGGCUUAUGCGGGUUUUAGAUUUGUCAAGGCCCUUCUUACCGCAAGGUCUGGAACUCCAGUCGUGGAAGAGGCUUAUGUCUACCUGCCGGGGAUUACUGGAGGAAAGGAGAUCUCGACCGAGCUUGGAGUUGACUACUUCUCCGUUAAAGUGAAGCUGGGUCAGCGAGGAGCAGAAGGGUUACUCCCCAUCGGGAACUUGUCAGACGGGGAAAAGAUCCUCCUUGGAAAGGCAGUGGAAGAGCUGAAGGUGAACAUUCAAACUGGUUUAUCAUUUGUAGCUGGAAAAUAA